AUGACUAAUUGUGCAGUGCCGGGAUGCAAAGAAAAUGGAUAUCAUUUGUUCCCAAAUGAUAAAAAUAGAAGAAGGUUGUGGGCCAAAGCAAUAAAACGCCCAGAAUUGGCGAAAUCGCAAUCUUCUUAUUUACGAUUAUGUGGACGUCAUUUUACAGAAAAUGAUUAUAAAACUGUGAAAUCGUCUACAGGUUUCAAUUUACAGCGCCGAAUUUUAAUGAAGAAUGCGUUACCAUCAGUUUUCCCUUGGUCGAAGGUUCUACCACCUUCCGCAGCUGCUAGGGAGGAGAGACUGCGAAAUAGAAACCUAAAAAAACAACUAUUCGCUCCAAACUUCUUAGGUUUUAGUGAUACCGGAACUCUGGAUAGUGAAACUUCAAACAUAAAUAAACAGCUAUGUGCAAGUUACAGCCAUACUAAAAUUCAGAAUAUUAACAAUAAAUCGACACAAACCUCUGUUCUGUUGAGAUUAUUUGCUACAGAAGAACUACUUAUUGAUGACACAUCAGUAAAAUUUUAUACUGGGCUUGAAACAUACAAAAAAUUUAAAUUUGUUUUUGACACUUUAUGCCCUAUGGCCUACAAUCUGUGUUAUAAAUCAGGAAAUGUGAUAUCUUUAAGUGUGAAAGACCAGUUUCUAAUAACAUUAAUGAAAUUGAGACGUAACUAUUGUAAUUUUGAACUAUCAAAAAUAUUUGGUGUCAGUCGAACUGUAGUAUCUAAUAUAUUUGUAACCUGGGUGAAUUUUAUGUAUGAUACUUGGUCAUUAAUUGAAUUAUGGCCUACCCAAGAGUUGGUCCAAUACUAUACCCCAGAAAGCUUUGAGAAUUUUGAAAAAACAAGAAUUAUCAUAGAUUCGACAGAAGUGCCAAUAUGUAAGCCAACAAACCCUCUAUCACAACAGGCCACAUUUAGCAACUAUAAAAACAAAAAUACAAUCAAAUUUCUGAUUGGUGCUACUCCAGGUGGUCUAAUUUCAUAUUGUUCAGAUGGUUAUGGUGGGGCAACAAGUGAUUGGCAAUUAACCGAAAGAUCGUCAUUAAUUAAGCUUUGUCAGGCAGGAGAUAUAAUUAUGGCUGAUAAAGGGUUUAAUGUUCAAGACAUUUUUGCCUCAAAAAAUGUUGCAAUUAAAAUACCCACAUUUUUAAAGGGGGUGUCACAACUCUCCACACAUGAUUUGAAAAAAAGAUAG